CCAGCACCCCACCUCCACUGCCGACACGCUCACACUCUCUCUCUCCCUUGCCCUGUGCCUGUCUCUCUCCAUUCUACCAAGCAGCCAGACCUCCUCUCUCUCUCUUCUUCUGCCCUGUUGACAUCCCUUGAGCGCUCCACGCCUUUCUCCCUCAGCCUCCGAAGCCGUCUGCCUUCGCCGCCGCUGACGGCCAAAGUCUGUAUCUACAACCGCAACAAGUUCCCUGGGACUUUUUCUGAAACUUUUUCCUCAAUACCUUUUUUAUAUUUUUUGCUACCUCCCUUGAGACUCCAGUGCAGGUGGUGCUGUGUGUGAUAGGGUCUAGUGUUGCUCUUUGCCCUGGUGGCCUCUGUACGCCGUUGACCGAAGGAGAAGACUACUUGUCACCAUGAUCAAAGUUCAGCUGCUGCUCUUGCUGGGCCUGGUCGGCCCCUUCUGUGCCGUCGCACACGCAAGCACACUGGUGACACCAUUAGACUGGGUGUCAGAUACCCCUGCUGCCACCGAGGCCCUCAAAGAAGAAUCCGCCACCGAUGCCCCCACGGCUGAACCCAAGACUGCGGCCGAGGAGGUCAUAACGGAAGCCCCUGCCACCGAAAAUCCUGUCGCUACCGAGGCCAAUGGGGCUGCCUCUGAGGUGACGGAGACCGCUCCCGUGGAGACCGAAGCCCCUGCCUCCACCACUGAGGCUGCCGAGCAGGAGGCGGCCACAACGGAGGCCCCUGUUGUCGCCACCAUGGCCCCGGCGUAUCCCGAAGCCGAGACCACGGCAGAGGCUGAGGAGGAGUUGGUGGUGGAGGAGCCUGAGGAGAGCACUGGCUCUGGACAAGUGGUGGGUAUUGUGAUUGGCGCAUUGGUGGCAGUGAUCAUUGUCAUCGCUGUGGUGAUUGCCUUGGUGAGGAGAAUGGGCAAAUACUCCCCCUGAGGAGAAAGGCUGUAAGACAGGAAGUCCCCAAAAAGUUCUGGCAAUUCUGAACUGCUGAACUACGUAAUUUCCUGUCAUUAAACAAGCAUGCUACCAGCACUUGGACUGUUGCCAAAAGGAGGGGGAGGAUGUUUGCCCACUUCCCCUCUUCUCCCCCAACCCCCAGACAGGGCCAUUGAUAUCAAUGGUCCUGCGCCCAACCACACAGCAACCCUCCACACCAAUAACCAAACGGGGGGGUUGACCGUGACCCACAGGAUGUCACAGUGAAUUUCAGGAUUUUUGUGUUUGUAAAAAUAAAGAAAGUAAGGGAUUAUCUAACUUGUGGUAGAAAACGCUCUCUCUUAUGCAGUGGUGUGUACAUUCAUUCCGAUUUGCAUUUGAGUUGGUGAAGAGGACCUAAACACACGACACAAAGAAACAUACAAAAUAAAAAUAAAAAGGUGAAUACAGAAGAAAAAAGGCGGGAGAGAAUGUUGUGAAUUUAAUAGGGUGUAUAUACCAUGCAAAGGGACUACAGUUAUAACUUGAUUAUAUGUUGCAGUUGCUCAUUAUAGCAUUCAGUUAAUGGAACAUUGCAAAGCAGCCAUAGGCAAUUGUGGCCAAUGGACCCAACUGAACCACAUCCACAUAGUAUUUUCUCACCUUAACACCUAGCCAAUGAGUCCCUAGCUACCAAAAUGUUCAACAACUGUAUGAAGCACUGUUUGCAGAAGUUGUUUCGACAUUGUGCUCAUGUUCUGAGGGUUAGUGAGGGGCUAAUGAAAAGAUGCCUCAUUUGCAAGUGUAACGUGACAUUCUGCCAGCUUUAACACUGACAUAUAAAAACGUAAUACAUAUCCGUGAAAUUUUGCAGAAGGGUUUGUGCCACUGUCUCUGGUAUUCCCUGGAUAGUUUGGAGAUUUUACUUUUGGAGUGCAUUAAUGUGAAUUGACUGUACUUUAACUGCCCCCCAUUCCAAUAGGACAGCUUUGACGACUUCAGGUUUUCACAAAAGCCCCCAUUCUGGUAGCGUUGUCCUUUACAAUGUAUUUACUGUACUUCUGCUUACUUUAGUUGGGAUAGAGUAUACCAAGCAAACACACACAAUCUUUAAAUACAAGUUCCCCCCUGAAUGCAUGCAAAGGAUGUUUUGACUUCCAUGGUUGCACCCAGUUUUAGGUGCACAGUUUUAGGCAGCAAUGUCUACAUUUUCUUCAUAAUCGUUAGUGGACAUUAAUGGGUGUAAAAAUUAUUCAGUCUCAGCUUAGCUCCGCUUGCUUUAAGAACUCAGUUAAUAAUUGCACUGAAUGAGUGAUGGUAAUUGUUUAAUGACUCCGCUUUAGACACUGCAACUGUUUGCAACGACGUUUGUUUCCGCUUUUGCUCCAUAUUAUCAGAUCUAGGUUUUUCAUUUUACUGUCAGAUUUUUUCUUUUAUUUAAUUGCAGUGUUUUUGUUCAUACUGUUUCAAUAAACAAGUGAAAACACUCCACAAACAUA